ACCUGGACUCUGACUGUUCCCAUCCAGGCGGGGAGCACUGCGUGGGCUCGUGAUAAUCCCUCCGCAAGAGCUUCACUGGCAGGCCUGGCAGCGACAGAGGGGAAAAAUGUCUUGUGCCGAGUAUUCUUUCCACGUGCCAGAUCUCCAGGAACUUGGUGGAGUUCUGCAGAAGGGACUAAAAGCUAACUUUGCUGACGUCCAGGUGUCUGUGGUUGACUGCCCUGAUCUGACCAAGGAGCCUUUUACCUUUCCCGUAAAAGGCAUCUGUGGGAAAACUCGAAUAGUAGAAGUCGGAGGCGUCCCUUACUUAUUGCCACUUGUCAAUAAGGAAAAGGUUUACGAUGUAAAUAAGAUCGCAAAAGAAGUCAAGCUUCCUGGAGCAUUUAUUCUGGGAGCAGGGGCAGGCCCCUUCCACAUCCUUGGUUUCAACUCUGAGUUUAUGCCAAUUAUCCUGACAGAAAGUGAGAACAACCCUCCGAUAAACGGGAGCUACAUUGCUCGGAUUAACCCAGAGGACAGGGGAUGCCUCCUAGAGAAAUACAGUGACAAGUAUCCUGGUUUCGGUUGUGCGUUACUGGCUAAUCUUUUUGCCAGUGAGGGAAAACCUGGAAAGGUCAUUGAGGUGAAAGUCAGACGAAGAACUGGGAAACUGAACUUUGUGACCUGUCUGCGGCAGACCAUAGAAGAACACUACGGGGAGAAGCCAGUGGGGAUGGGAGGGACUUUCGUGGUCCAAAAGGGAAAAGUGAAGACCCACAUCAUGCCAGCAGAGUUUUCCUCUUGCCCGCUGAAGUCUGAUGAAGAUGUGAACCAGUGGCUGCAUUUCUAUGAGAUGACCGCACCUCUGGUCUGCUUGCCAGUGUUCGUCUCCAGAGACCCAGGCUUUGACCUGCGACUGGAGCACACUCACUGCUUUAGCCACCACGGUGAAGGUGGGCACUAUCACUAUGACACCACGCCCGACACGGUGGAGUACGUAGGCUACUUCUCGCCUGCCGAACUCCUCUACCGCAUCGAUCAGCCCAAAGAGACCCAUUCCAUUGGGCGGGAUUAAGCCAGCUCAGACUUGUUUAGCAAAAGAAAUAAUUAACCGAGAUGGAGUAACA